AGAAGAGACCAUAACAUCUGCGAGCGGACGUUUCCAGAGAAUGAAGAAACAUACAUCGAGAGUGGCACCGUUAGAACCUUUCAGUCUUUCCACAUUAAAUUCACCUAGAUCAGACGGUGCCUCCCGAUCCUCUGUCGUCCGAUGCAAGCCGGGAGCCAACUGCCCCAGCACGCAGACUGGCCUCCGCAGGCAGCAUUCCCCUUUAUCCGCUGCUGAAGAUUCUGCUGCUCCCAUUCUAGAGCUGCAGAGUCGGAGUCCUUCUGGAUUUUGCCGGCACGGCAGAGGAGAGAGGCAGGACAGAUCAGGAGAAGAAGGGACACAAACUCAAGCUGAAAACAUCAGCCAGGAGAGCCACGCACAGACCCGCUGUGAGUCUUGUACAUCUACAUUUCUCAAGAUCCUCUGGGGAUUUCUAAUUAUUUUGUCAGUCUCAUCCUCUUGGAUUGGAACAACACAGAUUGUCAAAAUCACAUACAAGCACUUUGAUUAUCCAUUUUUCAUGACUUGGUUUUCUACAAAUUGGAAUAUUAUGUUUUUUCCCGUUUAUUAUUCUGGACAUUUUGCAACUGCCCAGGAAAAGCAGUCUCCAAUCAAAAAAUUCAGGGAAUGUAGUCGGAUCUUUGGCGAAGAUGGUCUGACGCUGAAACUCUUUCUUAAAAGAACCGCUCCCUUUUCUAUUUUGUGGACUUUGACUAACUACCUAUACCUGCUGGCUCUGAAGAAGCUGACUGCCACAGACGUCUCGGCCCUCUUCUGUUGUAACAAAGCCUUUGUCUUCCUGCUCUCGUGGAUUGUCCUGAAAGACAGGUUCAUGGGUGUCAGGAUAGUUGCCGCAAUAAUGGCCAUCACUGGAAUUGUUAUGAUGGCCUAUGCAGAUGGUUUCCAUGGCGAUUCAAUUAUUGGUGUUGCAUAUGCAGUUGGAUCUGCUUCGACCUCUGCGCUAUAUAAGCUUUCAACAUUUUGGUGAAUGUUGGUGUUGUGCUUACAUAUCCAAUCUUAAUAUCUAUUGGGACAGUACUCAGUGUUCCUGGCAAUGCAGCUGUUGAUCUCCUCAAACGUGAGGUGAUUUUUAGUGUCGUCCGAUUGGGAGCCACCAUCUUCAUCUGCCUUGGGUUCCUGCUAAUGCUUCUUCCUGAGGAAUGGGAUGAAAUUACACUGAGAUUUAUCAACAAUUUAAAAGAGAAGAAAAGUGAAGAGCAUGCUGAAGACGUGACUGAUUCAAACAUUCACUUCAGGAGCAGGAGUAGAGCGAAUGGGACGGUGUCUAUACCGCUGGCUUAGAGCUGGUGAUUGCACGACCAUGUAUAUUCUGUGAAUAUGAUUUAAUAAUUUUUUUCUCACCCACCUGUACACUAAAAAGGACAGUGAUGUUAAAGACCAGGGAUGGAUUAUAAAUUUAAUGCUCAACACAUUGGUAUGUAAAUGAUUGACAUUUGUACACUUGUCCAGCAGUAGGUGAAAAUAACCACAAUAA